GAAUGUGUAAGAGCCAAUUGCAAGUUGCAAGCAAACACAGACAUUGGACAACAUAUCCGGUUAAGUUUCAGCAACAGUUCAAUUGAAGAUAACGAAUUGAAUCCGUUAUUCAUUCCUUCUUUCUCCACUUCCACCCGCCAUGGUUGCUCUCACCCUCUUUCCACCCACUCAAACCCUUCUCCGCCCUUAUCUCCAUUCCCCUUUCCCCUCCCCCAAUUCAAAAUCAAAAUUCAUUCGCAAUCGCAAUCACCAUAACCCCAUUCUCCGUCUCCGUUGCUCCAUUGCGGAGGAAUCCACCGCAUCUCCGACUAAAACCACCUCAAAAUCAAAUUCCGGAGAGUCCUCAUCCGUUGAUUGUGUAGUUGUUGGUGGUGGCAUCAGUGGCCUUUGCAUCGCUCAGGCUCUUUCUACAAAGCAUGCUCAUGGUGUCCCCAAUGUUGUUGUUACAGAGGCGAAAGACCGAGUUGGUGGGAAUAUUAUUACUGUGGAGAGAGAUGGGUUUCUUUGGGAAGAAGGUCCUAAUAGUUUUCAACCUUCUGAUCCUAUGCUCACCAUGGUGGUGGACAGUGGUUUGAAGGACGAUCUUGUUUUGGGUGAUCCUGAUGCACCUAGAUUUGUGUUGUGGAAUGGGAAAUUGAGGCCGGUGCCGGGAAAACCAACUGAUUUGCCUUUCUUUGACUUAAUGAGUAUUGGUGGCAAGAUCAGGGCUGGCUUUGGAGCACUUGGAAUUCGCCCUCCUCCUCCAGGUCAUGAGGAAUCGGUUGAAGAAUUCGUGCGUCGAAAUCUUGGUGCUGAGGUUUUUGAACGCUUGAUAGAGCCUUUUUGUUCAGGUGUCUAUGCUGGUGAUCCUUCAAAAUUAAGUAUGAAAGCAGCUUUUGGGAAAGUGUGGAGGCUCGAACAAAAUGGUGGUAGCAUUAUUGGUGGCGCCUUCAAAGCAAUACAAGAGAGAAAUAAAGUUUCAAAACCACCUCGUGAUCCGCGUCUGCCAAAGCCAAAGGGUCAAACUGUUGGAUCAUUCCGGAAGGGACUUACCAUGUUGCCAAACGCAAUUUCUGCUAGGUUAGGUAACAAGGUGAAGUUAUCUUGGAAGCUUUUAAGUAUUAGUAAACUGGAUAGUGGAGAGUACAGUUUGACGUAUGAAACCCCAGAAGGAGUUGUUUCUUUGCAGAGCAAGACUGUUAUCAUGACCAUUCCUUCCCAUGUUGCUAGUCCAUUGCUGCGACCACUGUCUCCUGCUGCUGCAGAUGCACUUUCAAAGUUUUAUUAUCCUCCAGUUGCCGCAGUUUCCAUUUCCUAUCCAAAAGAAGCCAUUAGAUCAGAAUGCUUGAUAGAUGGCGAGUUGAAGGGAUUUGGUCAAUUGCAUCCACGGAGCCAAGGAGUGCAAACAUUAGGAACUAUAUACAGCUCAUCCCUUUUCCCUAACCGAGCACCACCUGGAAGGGUUCUACUCUUGAAUUACAUUGGAGGGGCUACCAAUUCUGGGAUUUUAUCAAAGACGGAGGGUGAACUUGUUGAAGCAGUUGAUCGAGAUUUGAGAAAAAUCCUUAUAAACCCAAAUGCUCAGGAUCCAAUUGUUUUGGGGGUUAGAGUGUGGCCUCAAGCUAUUCCACAGUUCUUAGUUGGACAUCUUGAUCUUCUAGAUGCUGCUAAAGUUUCUCUAAAAAAUACUGGAUUUGAGGGGCUGUUCCUUGGGGGCAACUACGUGUCUGGUGUUGCCUUGGGAAGGUGUGUUGAGGGAGCCUACGAGAUAGCAGCUGAAGUAAAUGAUUUUCUCUCGCAGAGAGUGUACAAGUAGCGGUGUGUCCAUUUCAUUGUAAUGACAAAGUUUAUCAGAUUUAUUGUGUUAGGUUCUGGGUGGCUUCUGUUACGGGUAUUUUUCAUCCACUUACACAUGCAUUUAGCAAGGUAGCUAUCACUUUGCCACCCCCAUGUAGAUUUUGACCAGAUGUAUGUAAAUCCAGACAAUGUUUUGAAAUAA